AUGUCCCGUCUGGGAGCUCACUCAAGUAUCCUUUUAACCCUGGGUUACCGGGUCGGAAGGAGCAUCGGCGAAGGUUCCUAUUCCAAGGUCCGAGUGGCAGAAAGACUUUCCCCGGCGGUUUCAAAUCGUGUGAAGGUCGCAUGCAAAGUCAUCGAUCGCCUCAAGGCCUCGAAGGAAUUCGCUACGAAGUUCUUGCCCCGAGAAUUGUCCCUCAUCAAAAACCUGAAGCAUCCCAACAUCGUGGACAUUUACGAGAUCGUGGACCUGGGAGAUUAUGUGUUUCUCUUCGUGGAACUCUGCCCACUUGGAGAUCUCCUCGAGUGCAUCAAAGCGAAUGGGCAACUCUCAGAAAGACGAGCAAGCCACUAUUUCAGGCAGCUGAUGGAAGCGAUCAAAUAUCUAUACCUGCAUAGGAAGAACAUAGCCCACCGAGACCUGAAAUGUGAGAACAUCUUCCUGGCCUCGAAUAGUAUGAUCAAGGUCACGGAUUUUGGAUUCUCUCGUUCUGCCCUGGAUCCUGACACUGGUCGCCGGGUGUUGUCAUCUACAUUCUGUGGGAGUGCUGCCUAUGCAGCUCCCGAGCUGAUUCAGGGCACCCCAUACAACCCGAUGAUGUGUGACAUUUGGUCGUCGGGUUGCAUCCUGUUCAUCAUGGUGUGUGGGAGGAUGCCUUACGAUGACGCUGACGUCAGGUGCCAACUCACUGCUCAACUUAAUCGCAAAGUUGAAUAUCCCCCCGAAGCCUACAAUCGAUAUUCCUCUGCCAUUCAGUGA